UUCCAGUUGUGGCGUACAGAAGAGCAAUUGUGAAAAGUAUCCACUCAAAGGACACCGAGCAAACGUCUCCGUUUGGACAGGUAUUAAAUCUAAUGGUCAAAAGUUAAGGCUCUUUCUCCGAUCCUCACAAUUCCAAGGCCAAGCACUCACCAAGCUGUUCAGCUUGUCAACUCUCUCGGCCUUUUUCCACUCGCCAAAGAAAAAGUCUUCCAACAACUCCUCAUUUUCCAACACAAUAAAACCCCACCCCUCCCUUCCAUUUUCUCCAUCCUCCAAACAAAAAUGAACAUCCCCCACAAUCAAAGGCUUCAACUUCCGACCACACAGUCGCCGCCGUCCGAAAACACCACCGCUCACACCAAUCGGGUCCGUAGAAAUCAUCGUCUACCACCUGUAUCUUCUCCUAGGUUACGUCCAUCUUGUACCUGCUCCAACCGUCCUGGUUCUGCCAGGUGUAGCCGCCAUGGUUAUCUUAUUCCUGGUGAUAAGUUGAAAAGGCGUCAAGCGAAUAAAGAGAUAAUUAGGAGGGCCUUGACACCGCCCAAUCGGAAGUUGACCCUUCGCUGGUGGAAUUUCCGGCCAACGCCUAGUCGCUUAUCUAACAUGUCUACUGCUUAAAGGUUGUCUCUUUUUUUUUUUUUUAUAAUGUGACUGUGGAUUGGAAUAACUCUAGACCGUAUGAAAUUCUUUUGUUAAUAUGUAUAUUGUGAUUUUUCAA